AUGCACACGGAGGACGAAAACCUGGGGCCCCUGGUCCGCCUAUGGGGCCUCCGGACGGAGCAGCUUCCUGCGCCGAGCGCCACGACGGCGGACUUGGCGCCGUUUCUCAUCGCCGUGCUCCAGGAAGCCGUUCCAUUCAUCGACGCCGUGGCGCCCAAAGACGGCACGGCGCGACCCAACGAGUGGAAGGCUAAAGGGACAAAGACGUUCCCCGAAUCGACGGCGCCCGUGGAGUUGUACGAGCGCAUCGUUCCCGCGGCGGAGCUGGAGAAGGAGGCGGCGAGAAAUCAGCUGCCGAACGGCUACGUCGCGAGCGAGACGUGGGCGUGUCGACGGAGCAUCCACAAGGACCGGCCGGGAAAGGGGACGGCGGGAUGGGAGGAGUUUGUCAAGUGUUUCAAGGACGACCAUGUCGAGGCCGAGAAGGCGUUUACGCCGAAUGUGAUGGAGGCCAGGGAGGCGCUCGCGUGGGAUUGCAAUGGUAUUGUUGUUGACGAGGGGGGUCUUUCGUGGGAGAAUUUCAAGGUCGGGGUGUCGGAGAUCAAGCACAAGCUCGGGAUGCCGCUCAAGAACCGCGUGUUUCCCGCACUCAUCAUCUCGGCCAAGGCUAAGGGCGCGGUGGACGAGUUUGUGGUGGUGUCGAUACCGGUUUCGGACCUGGCCGCGUCGGACCACGGGCAGCUGGUGAAGGAGAAAGGGGUCGUGGUGGGCGCCUACGUGAGCGUCGAGAGGGUGAGGAAGCUGCCGACGGGGGCGAUUGAGUGGAUUAUGGCCACGGCUUCGGACGCGAAGGGGAUACUGCCCGCGUGGAUCCAGGCAAAGGCCGUUAUUGGCGUCGUGGCUAAGGACGUUGCGCUGUUUCUGGGCUGGAUUGCUGAGGAGCGGGAGAAGGGGACGAGCGUGGGGAAGUGGACUGCCGUUAAGGGGAACGGUGGUGGUGGCGAGGUCCCGAACCGCCAGCCGUCAAUGACGUUGGAGGACGCCGAGUCUUCGAUGCAAGGUGGUCGGGCUUCGAGGCAGGCCGUAUCAUCGAGGAAUGGGAAGGAGUCGGCUGUGGGAGGUACAAACGGGGGAGGAUCUGGGACGAACGGGCAGGUUCACGCAUGA